AUGCUAGUAAGAGGGUUGAGAUUGUCAGCAAGAGUGACCAAGGGACCGUUCAGGAUUCGAACUGCCAAUAGCUAUGCUUUCACGAAAAUACCGACUCCAUAUGGCAGACAAAGCCCUAGUAGAUUUUGCCAAAGAACUUAUUCCACAAUCAGUACUGAAGGUGAAGAAAUAUCUGAUAAAAUAGACGAUAUCAGCGCAUUUGAAUACGACAAGAUUGCAAACGAAUAUUUGGAAACAAUCGGAGACGAGCUAGAAGAUUUGUCAGCGGACUAUCCGCAAGUAGACUGUGAGCUCUCUCAUGGCGUGAUGACAUUGGUUUUGCCGCCAUACGGAACAUAUGUGAUCAAUAAGCAACCACCCAAUAAGCAGAUCUGGCUCAGCAGUCCGCUUAGUGGCCCCAACAGGUACGAUUUGAUUGGAGGCAAAUGGAUCACUCUACGCGAUAACUCGUCUUUGACGGACUUGUUAGAGUCUGAAAUAUCCCUGGCGCUUGAGAAUGAGUUCAAGUUCGAACAAGUGGAAAACUAA